AUGUCAACGAACGCGAACUUAAAUCUUAACAUUGAUGUUAACGACCUUGUUAAAACGAUUUUGAGUCUUGUUCAAAGAAUUGGGCGUGCUGAAUUCGUUCAAAGAUUACUUCACGAACUCGAAAAUAAAGUUCGUGGAAGAUGCGAUAUACUUAUUAUUAGCUAUAGUCAGCUUCAGCGGUGUCAGAAUACACUAUUGAACUCAGAACGUACACAGUCUGCUAGAUGGGAACAAGGAUUAGACGGCCAUGACUUUGCAGUUUUUUUCUUUCACGGUGGAAUGUUUGAUCAUGGUGGAGAAGAUGGUGGCUAUAUCAAUUGGGCAUUUACUGGUGGUAAUCGGUACCCUUCACCCUGGGGCUUCCAUGACAGAGAUUCAUAUGUCGUAUGGGCCAAUAGAACUAAUUUAGUUGGAGGAAAUGGGGGUGGUAAUGACUACGCAAUUUAUUUUCAUAAGAAAACUAUUGAUCGAAUUGUUGUUAAAAAGGAUUGGGACAGAGGGAAAAGAAUUCACCAUGUGGCAGCAAUUUAUUUCUGUUUCCGCAAUAUUGGUAAUUCUCAACAAAUGAUUGGAAAAAACCAACGGGAAUCACAGACGUUUAUUUUUCAGCCAAAUGAUACUAUUCAAAGAAUUGGUGUGAAACAUGAACAUGGUUUAAUCAACGCUAUCAAAUUUUAUGUCAGAAACUCUUACGAUGGCCAUGAACGUGAAUCUGAUUGGAUGGGCGGUAACGGUGGCCAUGAACAUGUUUUUGCAGAGAGUCCAAAAGGAAUCUUUGGCCGCCACGGAAUUUAUCUUGAUAGUUUGGGGAUAUUUUAUUAA